AUGCCUAAACAACUGCCGAUUGGCCCGAAUGGUGAGAUCUACCGCCCGACUCUGUUGCCCAAGCCGAACUUCGAUGCACAGGCGGAUGCGGAAAAAUUGAGAAAAGCCAUGAAAGGAAUCGGCCCCACAACGCCAUUGCUUUCCAUCCGAGAUGAUAAUGAUGAUGUCGAUUGGAGGUCUGUUUGGAUGCAUCUUUUAUGUGCUCUCUUGUUUGAUGUCUGCUGUACAAUUCUUUCGACGUUGGAAAUCGUCCUCAUCCGGAAGUCGAGGCCUCCCUCGGGUUCCAACAUGACCUGA